UAGUGAGAGACAACAAUCACCACCAACUAGAAGGGAAACACACAAGAGCACGAUUAGUUACUUUUCUCAAAUCUAAUUUUAAUUUACAAAGCUAAUACCCGUAUAAAAAUAUGAUAAACUCACGAUCAAAUGUACCAUGAAAAUUCAGAAAACUUUGUAACUUUAUCAAACCAAAUAAAAGUAUAUCAAAAUAACGCACCGUUUCACAUACACAUUUCUAUUUCCAUUUCCUUAUAAUUUCCCAAAGACUCAAUCUACAUGAAUAUGAUCUGUUCAACAUGCUUUCAUGUUUUCAUUCUCUUUGCUGCUACACUAACAUUACUAUGUCUCCAACAUAAGAAUACUGCUAGUGCCUUAGGAAAUGACACAGACCAAUUAUCAUUACUUAGAUUCAAAGAAACAAUAGUAGAUGACCCUUUUGAUAUCUUGAAAUCUUGGAAUACUUCAACUUCAUUUUGCAACUGGCAUGGAGUCAAAUGCAGCCUUAAGCAUCAAAGGGUUACUUCUUUGAACCUACAAGGGUAUGGCUUACUUGGAUUGAUACCUCCUGAAAUUGGAAACCUUACCUUUUUAAGGUAUGUUAACCUUCAAAACAACAGUUUCUAUGGUGAAAUACCACAAGAAAUAGGUCAUUUGUUUAGGCUAAAGGAGCUUUAUCUGACCAAUAACACAUUCAAGGGUCAAAUUCCAACCAACUUGUCUAGUUGCUUUAGACUUAAGAGCUUGAGUUUAACAGGAAACAAACUAGUUGGAAAGAUACCAAAGGAGCUUGGUUAUCUUACGAAGCUAGAAUUUCUAUCUAUUGGUAUGAACAAUUUGAGUGGUGAAAUCCCUGCAUCUAUAGGAAAUCUUUCAUCUCUUAGUGUUCUCAUUUUUGGAAUCAAUAAUUUGGAAGGAAAUUUACCUGAAGAGAUAGGCCAUCUGAAAAAUUUAACACAUAUCUCUAUUGCAUCAAACAAACUAUAUGGUAUGCUUCCUUUUACAUUAUUUAAUAUGUCAUCUCUCACUUUCUUCUCAGCUGGUGUCAAUCAAUUUAAUGGCUCUUUACCUGCCAACAUGUUUCUCACACUCCCUAAUCUCCAACAAUUUGGUAUUGGUAUGAAUAAGAUCUCAGGUCCUAUACCAAUUUCAAUAUCGAAUGCGACAAAUUUGUUGUUAUUUAAUAUCCCUAGGAAUAACUUUGUUGGACAAGUUCCAAUUGGAAUAGGAAAUCUCAAAGAUAUCUGGUCUAUUGCUAUGGAAUAUAAUCAUCUAGGGAGUAAUUCAUCCAAGGACUUGGAUUUCUUAACAUCUUUGACAAAUUGCACAAAUUUACAAGUGUUGGAUUUAAAUCUAAACAACUUUGGUGGUUAUUUACCAAACUCUGUAGCUAACUUUUCACGUCAACUGAGUCAGUUUUAUAUUGGUGGAAAUCAGAUUACUGGAACUAUUCCUCCCGGAGUUGGAAAUCUCGUCAACUUGAUUGGCUUUGACUUGGAGUUUAACCUUCUCUCAGGUUCCAUUCCAUCGUCUUUUGGAAAUUUUGAUAAGAUACAAUCAUUGACAUUGAAUGUAAACAAACUUUCAGGAAAGAUUCCAUCAUCACUUGGCAACCUUAGUCAGUUAUUUCAACUCGACUUAUCAAAUAAUAUGCUAGAAGGAAACAUUCCUCCUAGUAUUGGAAAUUGCCAAAUGCUACAAUACUUGGACCUUUCCAAUAACCACCUCAGUGGAAACAUUCCUUGGCAAGUCAUUGGUCUUCCCUCUUUGUCAGUUUUACUCAACUUAUCUCAUAAUUCAUUCCAUGGAAGCCUACCCUUUGAAAUUGGCAACCUGAAAAGCAUCAAUAAGCUGGAUGUUUCUAAAAAUUCUCUAUCUGGUGAAAUUCCUUCAACAAUUGGACAAUGCAUAAGUUUGGAAUACCUGAACUUACAAGGGAACAUUUUCCAGGGAGUCAUGCCUUCAUCUUUGGCUUCAUUGAAAGGCCUUCGAUAUUUAGAUUUGUCACAAAACAACUUGUCAGGUUCCAUUCCACAAGGUCUAGAAAGUAUUCCUGUUCUGCAGUACUUGAAUAUUUCUUUUAACAUGUUGAAUGGUGAAGUACCGACUGAAGGUGUGUUUAGAAAUGAAAGUGAGAUAUUUGUGAAAAACAAUAGUGACCUUUGUGGUGGUAUCACAGGUUUAGAUCUACAACCAUGUGUAGUCGAAGAUAAGACACACAAAAACCAAAAGGUCUUGAAGAUAAUAGUAAUAAUAAUUUGCGUUGUUUUUUUCCUUCUUUUGUUAUCUUUCACUAUUGCAGUCUUCUGGAAGAAGGAAAAAACAAACCGGAGAGCUUCCAAUUUUUCAUCUACAAUAGAUCACCUUGCAAAGGUUACAUACAAAACACUUUAUCAAGCAACAAAUGGAUUCUCUUCCAGCAACUUGAUAGGAUCUGGUGGUUUUGGAUUUGUAUAUAAAGGAAUUCUUGAGUCAGAAGAAAGAGUUGUUGCUAUAAAGGUCUUGAACCUUCAAGUCAGGGGAGCGCACAAGAGUUUCAUCGCUGAAUGCAAUGCACUCAAAAGUAUCCGUCAUAGGAAUCUUGUCAAGAUUUUAACAUGUUGUUCAAGUAUGGAUUACAAUGGUAAUGAAUUCAAAGCUUUAGUUUUUGAGUACAUGGAAAAUGGAAGUUUAGAUAAAUGGCUGCAUCCUGAUUUCAAUAUCGGAGAUGAACCAAGUUUGAACCUUCUCCAAAGAUUAAAUAUUCUCACAGAUGUUGCUUCUGCAAUGCACUAUCUACACUUUGAAUCUGAGCAUCCAAUCAUUCAUUGUGAUUUAAAGCCAAGCAAUAUUCUUCUUCAUAAUGACAUGGUUGCUCAUGUGAGUGAUUUUGGACAAGCAAGACUUCUUUGUGUCAUCAAUGACAUCUCUGAUCUACAUACAACUACAAUUGGAUUCAACGGAACAGUUGGAUAUGCUCCUCCAGAAUACGGAGUGGGAUGUCAAGUUUCAGUUCAGGGUGAUGUGUAUAGCUUUGGAAUCCUUUUACUCGAAAUAUUAACAGGAAGAAAACCGACAGAUGAAAUGUUUAGAAAUGGCAUGAAUCUUCAUUCUUUUGUCAAGGUUUCACUGCCAGACAAACUGCUAGACAUAGUAGACUCAACUCUACUCCCAAGAGAAUUCGAACAAGCAACUGUAUCAACAACAGCAGAAGAAAAGAAUAACAGUGAUCAGCAACAGUGCUUACUUGAACUCUUUUAUAUUGGACUAGCUUGUUCAGUAGAAUCACCGAGAGCGAGAAUAAAUAUGAAGACUGUCACCAGGGAGCUAGAUGUAAUUAAAAUUGCUCUUUCUAGGAAGUAAACCUAUUGAAACUUUUUUUACAAGUGUUUUCCAUACCACUCUUAAGGCUUUCAUUAGUUUCUCUUCUUUAUAGAUGUGUGUGUGUGUAUACUAUAUAUAGUCAAACUAAAUGGAAAAUGUCUAAUUUUUUCUGAAUGAAGCUUGAUGUAGUAAAA